GUGGUGAUUCCUUAUGUAAUUGGGAGGGAGUUCACCAGUUAUGAAAGGGGGACCAUCGAGGGCGCCAUGAGGGCCUUCGCCAGUAAUACCUGCAUCCGCUUCGUGCAACGUAGCAAUGAACGUGACUUCAUCAGCAUUGUAAGCAAACAGGGCUGCUGGGCUGAGCUGGGCAGAACCGGAGGCAUGCAGGAGGUCUCACUCAACAGGGGGGGCUGCGUGUACGGCGGAGUGGUCCAACACGAACUCAUCCACGCUCUGGGCUUCAAUCACGAGCAGACCCGGAGCGACCGCGACAACUACGUAAGGAUCAACUGGCAGAACAUCAUCCAGCAGUCCGCCUACAACUUCCAGAAGCAAGACACCAACAACCUGAACACUCCCUAUGACUACUCCUCCAUUAUGCACUAUGGAAGAGACGCCUUUGCUGUGGCCCCCGGGAGGGAGACCAUCACCCCUAUCCCCAAUCCCAACGUCCAGAUCGGCCAGAGGCAGGGCAUGUCCUCCUGGGACAUCAAAAGGAUCAACCUGCUGUACAGAUGCUAGAAAUGUAGAAGAGGAACGUAAAUGUUCUGAAAAUAUUUCAGAGGUUCAGGGGAAAGAAUGAAUACCUUAAAUAGUU